GUCGAUAAGAUUACAAACGGUCUCUCCCGCCCACUCCUCCUUCUACUCCUCUACUCCUCUUACUAUUCAUUCACUCCCCCUCUUCCUUAUCUUCAUGUGCAAAUUUCGAGUCAUCCGCAAAUCCCACGACAGUUAGAUCGUGGCCGUCUGAUCCUUGACGCCCUUGGAUAUUACUUUGCUCUCUCUCCGAGGGCAUGGCUCAGACUGGGAGGAACAACGGGUUGGUUGGGUUGAAGCUAGAGACAUCCUUUCACCAUUCGCCGAGACCCCGGUGGCGGGGUGAUGAUGGAGGCAGAAGAGCGUCGGAUCAGGGAGACGGUAUCGAGGGCGAUCGUACAAACAUCUUUCACGAUUAUCACGCACCCCGUUGCGGUACUGAUGAAGACAACAGUGCUUUGAGUGGCCUGCACUCAGCGACACCCCCCAUCUCCGUUCCCCGUCAUGAUGAUUAUCCCAAGCAAGAUGUCACCUUUCCUCACAAGCCAGAGGAUGUCCAAGCAUCAUCUCCGCUCGACAGCUUUCUUCAAGAACGCCGCCCUUCCAUCAGCUUUGACGCCGCCCUCGACUCUGGCCGACGCCGACCGCUAGAGGAUCCCUCUUCUCCAAGAGGAGACGUGAGGAGCCGCACUCAACGGUUCCAAGCAAAGAGUUCGAGCUUGAGGAAUUCUUUGCCUCUGGAAGAUGAUGCUGACCACAACGGAAGACAGGUGGGACUCAGUUCCAGCCUCAGGAGGCAGCAGGAACGACGAGCCAUCCCUACCGGGAUUGCUCGCGACAGCUUCCCCGAAGAAAACGGUGCUAUCCCAUCUGAUUAUGAGCAUCCUACUUCUCUCACGUCUCUAUCUACUGCGUCUCCCAUCACGGAGGAGCUGCGAACCCCUCCAGAAGGGUCCCGGGGCAUGUUAUCGUCCCCCAUCUGCGUGGCCUCGCCUAUGCAGACGUUCGCCUCGCUUGAUGAUCGCAGCUCCUGGUCAGGCAGUGUCAUGACUCCUUUCGGAAGUAAGGCACGAGGCCUUCGCGUCUCAACCCGCCAGAGGUCUCGCAGAUCUACUGCGUCGAGCGGCAAAUCUCCAGCCAGCAUGUUUCUGUCCAUGUGGAGCGCGGGUGGUGACGAGCCGGCCCCUCAGCCAGAUGAUGAGGGACAAAUGGUCGGUACUGAGUAUGUCCUUGGCAAGCAGAUAGGAUUUGGUGGAUUUAGCACAGUGAAAGAGGCCUACAAGGUCGAGGAAAGUGGUAAGACAAAACGGCUUGCCGUCAAGAUUGUCAAGAAACAAGUUUCUGGACGGAGUGAGAAGGAAAAUGAUGAGGUUCAAGCGGAGUUUGACCACGAAGUGCGAGUUUGGCGAUAUUUAAGCCAUCCGAACGUACUGACGUUGGACGCGGUUUACGAGACUGACUACGCCACUUUCUGCUUCACAAAACUGGCUAUCGGCGGCACUCUCUUCGAUCUUGUGCGGCAAAACCGCCGCGGAUUGGACAUGACCUUAGCCAAAAAGUAUGCGUACCAGCUCGCGUGUGCCUUGAGAUACCUCCACGAGGAUGCUCGAGUUGUUCAUAGGGACAUCAAGCUGGAGAACUGCUUGUUGGAUCCUACUGAGUCCCCUGAUGGGACGAAGACAUCUACGCUCGUUCUUUGCGAUUUCGGGAUGGCAGAGUGGAUGAACUCGGACAAUGAGGACGCAUCACCUGAUCCUUACGAUAACGCCGCCGACCGUCCCCCGCCUAAGACCAUCGGCCCUGCUGGUUCCAGUACCAGCGUCGCGGGAAGCUUAGAGUACGCUUCCCCAGAACUCCUGUCGUCGACGAAUGGAGUUAUCGAUCCUUCGGUGGACAUGUGGGCAUUUGGCGUCAUCGUGUUCACGAUUGUCGUCGGAUCACGACCAUUCCAAGAUGCUUUUGCUCCACGGAUUCAAUCAAAUAUCCUCAGUGGAAAUUGGAAUAAGCAUGCUGUGGUGGGUGAAGAAGCGGAUCCCCAGCUUCGCCAGGACAGAGAAGAUGCACUGGAGUUAAUAAUGGGCUGCUUAAAUAUGAACGUUGAUAAACGGUGGUCGAUCCGCGACGUGUUGUGCUCCCGCUGGUUGCGGGAAUUUACGGAUAAUGCAGAGAGCCCUACGGAGUCGGCAUGGAAGCUGUAAAGGGCUUCAUUCGUUGCAGUGCCUCAACGCAUUAUAUUCUUUCUUUCUUCCCAGUCUAUCUGAUUUCUUUUACGAAGGGACUGGGAAUGUUGCCUUACGAAUGACCGAUGAUCAUGACUGGCGCUUUUAUGAUACUGACGAGCGCUGGUGUUUCCGGAAUGUUGAUCAUCUAAUGAUACCCUCUUUUCAAUGUUGGCAGCGUUCUGAUUUAUUGAGUUCGAUAUUUUUGCUUUAGCGCAUUU